AUGAUCUCUGGCAUCCUCAUCUUCAACCAAAAAGGCGAAAACCUCAUCUUUCGCUCUUACCGCGCCGACUGUCGCCCUCGCCUCGCGGAUAUAUUUCGCAUCCAAGUCAUCUCAAACGUCAAUGUGCGGUCACCGAUUCUCACCCUCGGAUCUACAACAUUCUCGCACAUCCGCCACGAAAACAUCUACCUCGUUGCUGUGACAAAAAGCAACGCCAAUGCGGCGCUCGUCUUCGAGUUCCUGGAGCGCCUGCGGGCCCUGGGUAAGAGCUAUUUUGGCAAGUUCGACGAGGAGGGCGUGAAGAAUAAUUUUGUUCUCGUGUAUGAACUUCUGGACGAGAUUUUGGAUUUUGGAUACCCGCAGAACACCGAGACGGAAACACUGAAAAUGUACAUUACAACUGAGGGCGUCAAGACUCAGCAGAAUACGCAAGAUACAUCCAAAAUUACCAUGCAAGCCACGGGUGCCCUCUCCUGGCGUCGCUCCGACAUCAAGUAUCGCAAAAACGAGGCGUUCGUCGAUGUUAUAGAAGAUGUGAACCUGCUCAUGUCUGCUACAGGCACAGUCCUUCGCGCAGACGUGAACGGCCAAAUUGUCAUGAGAGCCUACCUCUCUGGUACACCAGAAUGCAAAUUCGGACUCAACGACCGUCUCACGCUGGGCGAUCCGGACGCUACUGAUGUCACAAAUAAGGCAACACGUGCUGCAGCGGGAACAGUUAGCCUUGAGGAUUGCCAGUUUCACCAAUGUGUUAAGCUUGGCAAAUUCGACCAAGAACGAAUCAUAUCUUUUGUGCCGCCUGACGGCGAAUUCGAGCUCAUGCGCUAUCGUGCGGUAGAGAACAUAAAUCUUCCGUUCAAAGUGCACGCGAUCGUCAACGAGGUCAACAAGACUAAAGUCGAAUAUUCGAUCGCCGUGCGCGCUAACUUCGGAUCCAAACUCUUUGCCACGAACGUGAUUGUGCGCAUCCCUACCCCACUGAAUACGGCGCGAAUCUCUGAACGCGUGUCUCAAGGCAAGGCGAAAUACGAACCGGAGCAGAACAAUAUCGUAUGGAAGAUCCAGAGGUUUAGCGGACAAAGCGAAUACGUCCUUAACGCAGAAGCCGAGCUCACAAGCAUGACCAAUCAAAAAGCUUGGUCGAGACCACCGUUAAGCUUGAGCUUUAGCCUACUCAUGUUCACAAGCUCGGGAUUGCUAGUUCGAUAUUUGAAGGUGUUUGAAAAAUCAAAUUAUUCAAGUGUCAAGUGGGUUAGAUACAUGACCAAAGGUGGUCACUACGAGGUCAGGUUCUGA